AUUCGGAUCGGAACAUCCCUAAUGGACGCAAAAGAACAUAACCUCUGACAGGGAUUCAUAACGUCAAUGCGAACAGUGUGCGGUAGUCUUUCAACAUUUAUUGAUAAAUCUAAAUUAAUACUAUGACAAGAAUAAAGUACUAUAAAGAAGCAGUAUAUAAAUAACUGGAGAAUUAAUAUCGUUAGUUAUGAUGGCUGCUUGGAUCAGUAUAACUCCAAAAUUAGAGCAAGGUUUAAAGGUAGUGAGCCGUAUGGAUAAUAGCAAAUUCCGGCUUCUGGUCAACCGUAUAUGCCAAAGCCUGCAAACUAGCAACAAUACGAAAGUGUUCAAUGAGGAAGAGGAAGAGAAAUUAUUGAUUUCUUUAGAUCUGACGAAAGAUGAGCUAACUCUUCUAUUGGAUACCGUAACAUCAAUUUAUACACAAGCUGCAUGUAAUAUUGUCAAACCAUCUAUCAUGGAAGCAGUUAUGAAAGAUAAUUUUAAGGUAGACGAUGAGAAAAUAUCAAUCUUUACAAAUGCAUGGAUUACCCAUGGAAAAGGCAUUGUGGAGAAUCAGAGGCAACAAUCCAUUUUUCCCACACAGGUAAAAGACAUCAACUGGUGUUUGAAUGUUCAAUCGUCAUCCUCUACAAUUUCCAAAGAUGCACGACCUGUGGCAUUACUUCAACUAGGUCUUACUGGUGAUAAGACGUCUAUGUUAACUGUGGAAUUUGAUAAGAAACAACUAACAAGUCUCUAUUAUAAUUUAGAAAAGAUUCAGACUCAACUGGAUGCUCUUAAAUAAUAAGCUUCAGAUAUCUUUUGUGUAUACAUUUAUUGUAAAUAGAUAAUAAUUUGUCAUGUGAAAAUAGAAUCCUUGAUCUUUAUAUAAAUUAUAUAAAUCUA